UAUCAUUGAUUAUAGUGGAUUGAGUUUGGGUCGUAGUACCCCGUGGUUUUUACCCUCAUUGUUUGAAGGGGUUUUCCACGUAAAAAUCUUCUCGUGCAUUUGUGAUUGCUUGGUCGUUGUUUUGUUGCUUCUAGCAUGAUCGGUUUGGGCUAUACUUCGUUGUUGAAUCUUUUUUAGUAGAUUCGUGUCUAUCCUCAUUUUAUCCCAACAGGUUCUACACCAUGGAGAAGUAUGGUCAUGGUGACUCUUCUGUCGCACCUGAGCUUCGCAGCGGAGGUUUAUUCUUCUGCAAUCUCUGAUAGAGUGACACGACUGCCGGUUCAACCGGCAGUAAAUUUUCAGCAGUUCGCUGGAUAUAUUACAGUGGAUAGGAAGAGCGAAAGAGCUCUGUUUUACUACUUUGUUGAGGCGGAAACUGACCCUUCCUCUAAGCCUCUUGUCAUCUGGUUCAAUGGAGAAGCAAACAUAUUGUACGUGGAGACGCCAGCAGGAGUUGGGUUUUCAUAUUCAAGAAACAUUUUCUGAUUAUCAAGGCAUGAAUGAUGAGAGAACAGCAAGAGACAAUCUAGCAUUUCUGCGACGUUGGUUCGUCAAGUUCCCCGAGUACCAGAACAGCGACCUCUUUAUUACGGGAGAGGGCUAUGCAGGCCACUAUAUUCCUCAGCUAGCUGAGCUCCUGAUUCGAGCGAACAAGCAGCAGAAAGAGUUCAACCUUAAAGGAAUUGCUUUGGGCAAUCCACUUUUGGAGUUCUAUAUUGACUUCAACUCGAAGGCAGAGUUCUUAUGGUCUCAUGGACUGAUAUCUGAUUCUACAUACAGAAUUUUCUCACGGAACUGCACCUAUCCCCGAUACGUAAGCGAGUAUUACAGUGGAAACGUAUCGUCCAUCUGUGUCCUAGUUAUGAGCACCGUGGUGAGCGAGAUGAGCAAAUUCGUGGACGGGUAUGAUGUCACUCUAGACGUCUGCAUCUCAUCUCAAAAGAUGCAAUCUCUAGUUCUGAGUCCCAUGCAAAUGACAGGGAAGAUAGACGUGUGUGUUGAAGAUGAAACCGUUAACUAUUUCAACAGGAAGGAUGUUCAGAGGGCUCUACACGCUCGACUAGUGGGAGUCUCCAAGUGGCAAGUAUGCAGCAGCAUCCUGGACUACAACAUGCUUGAUCUGGCGAUCCCCACUAUCUCUCUUCUUGGUUCCAUUGUGAAGUCUGGCAUCCUAGUCCUGGUUUAUUGUGGAGACCAGGAUUCAGUGAUUCCUCUGACAGGAAGCCGAACUCAGAUUCAUGGAUUAGCUGCUCGUUUAGGACUCAAUACAACUGUUCCUUACAGUGUCUGCUUUGCAGGGAAACAGGUUGGUGGGUGGACGCAGGUCUAUGGGGAUAUCUUAUCGUUUGCGACCAUCAGAGGAGCUUCUCAUCUAGCUCCUUUCUCACAGCCACAGAGGGCCCUUGUGCUUUUCAAGGCGUUCCUGCAAGGAAGACCACUCCCUGAAAAUUUCUGAAGUCAAUGUGCAGAGUGAAACGCUUUCAUUCUGAUCAACUGAUCAGUCUUUGAGCGAUUUGUGUGUGUGUGUGUGCCUCUGUGUGUGUGAGUGGGG